AUGGCUUCUAGCCCUUCAAAUAUGCGCCAGAUAUUAUGCUGGAGAUCGCUAUUCCGAGACUUCCAGAAUCACAAACCCCAGAGAAGGUCUUUAGUAACGAUUCAACGCGGACCAGUACAAAAACUCGACCUUCCCCCAGAUUUACCAAAGCAGUACUGGUCACAACUGCCUGCACGCCUUCGACCGGAUCAAGGCAAGAGAGAGAUCAUCAUACACAAGCCCAUCCCUUCCCGAGCACAAACAUGCAAAGACCCCGUAUCCGAGGUCAGUUCCUCACAAAUGGCGCUCCUCGACCCAACCGGUGCUCGAAAACGGCUGUUCGACUACAAGAACCCCGAAGGCGUCAAAGUGGGUGACAUUCUUCACACAACAUUCAAAACCGGCGAACCGUUUUCGGGAGUGGUUAUGUCGAUUAAAUCACGUGGUGUCGAUACGUCCGUUCUAUUACGAAAUCAUCUCACCAGGAUAGGCACAGAGAUGCAGGUCAAGGUGUUCAGUCCAUUAGUGCAGAGUAUGGAGGUGGCGCAGAAGGCUUUGAAGAGGAAGAGGAGGGCCAGACUAUACUACCUGAGAAAACCGAAGCAUGAUAUAGGAAGUGUGGACAAGAUCGUGGCUCAGUAUUUGCGGCAGCGUGCCUUGUUGAUGGGAGGGAAAGCCAAGGGCGUCGGCGCCGGUCGACUGCGUCCAUCCAAGAAGAAAUAA